AUGUCUCAACCAGUCAAGCGCGAGGGCAGCGGCACCAAGACCGUGUUCACUCUGAACACCGGUGCAAAGAUGCCUGGCGUCGGUCUCGGGACCUGGCAGUCCAAGCCCAACGAGGUUCGCGAAGCCGUCAAGAGCGCUCUGCAGGCUGGGUACCGCCACAUCGACACUGCUCUCGCCUACGGCAAUGAAGCCGAGGUCGGCCAGGGUAUCAAGGACUCUGGUGUGCCUCGCGAGCAGAUCUGGGUUACCACCAAGCUUGACAACCCCUGGCACAAACGCGUCAAGGAAGGCAUUGCUUCGUCGCUCAAGGAUCUCCAGCUCGACUAUGUUGACCUGUACCUGAUGCACUGGCCCAGCUCUUCCGUUCCAGAAGAUCUCAAAAAGCACUACGAUGACUGGAACUUCACCGACACCUGGGCUGAGAUGCAGAAGCUCCUCGAGACCGGCCAAGCAAAGAAUAUCGGCGUGUCCAACUUCGUUAUCAGCAACCUCGAAAAGCUAUUGAACGACCCCAAGACUAAAGUCGUGCCUGCGGUCAACCAGAUUGAGCUACACCCCAACAUGCCCUCGCCGAAGACCAUCGAGUAUUGCAAGUCCAAGAACAUUCACUGCACUGCGUACUCUUGCCUAGGCUCGACAGAUUCCCCUCUGUCCAAGGACAAGACCCUGCUCAAGGUAGCAGAAGAGGUUGGCAAGACCCCCCAGCAGGUUCUCCUCCAAUGGGGCCUGGCAAGAGAUACCAGCGUCAUUCCCAAGUCAGUCACCGCGAGCCGCAUCAAAGGCAACUUCGAGCUUGAUGGCUGGAGUCUGUCUCCUGAGCAGGUCAAAGCCCUCUCUAGCAUUCCCGAUCGCUUCAAGGUGUGCGGUCACGAUUGGCUCCCAGUCAAGGUCUUCUUCAAUGAAGAGGGCGAUGCGCCAGAGGGCGUUCCUUCUCACUGA